CAACACCAGGGCAUCUCCAUCUUAGUUUGCUGCUGUGUGCUUUGGCUGGCCGCGGAUCAGAAGCAGGAGUUUGUAGCUGAUUGUUCCUCGCAGGGCUGUCUGUGUUUGUUAUGUGACAGGUGGGACGGAGAACAGCCGAGCAUUAGACCGAGAAUGGGAAGAGGAGCCAACUGUAGCUGGGUUGGGCCUGAGAUCCCUCUGUCGUCACAGAUCUUCAGUAUCCUUAAAGACGAACUGUGGCUCUUCCUGAUCCCGGCCGGCCUGGCUGCCAUCUUACUGGCCGUGUUCCUGGAGGAGGUGGGCUUCUUCUUGCGCCACAUCCCCUCGUCCAGACGGAGACGCCUCUGCCUGUGGAUAUUAGGAAUGUACCCGGUCUUUGCCUUGACCUCCCUUAUAGCGCUGUAUGUGCCGCGCUCUUCCUCACUGUGUAAUUUCAUCGCCUCACUGUAUCACUCCAUCACCUUGCUGAAGUUCAUGGGACUGAUCACAGACUUCUUUGGAGGGAAAGCUCGUAUGCUGGCUGCUCUGUCAGGACAGCACGUAUCUCCAGACCCUUUCCCCUGCUGCUGCUGCUGCUGUCUGCCAAUGGUGACCAUCACCCGCAGCCGCGGCUGGAUGCUGGCUGCUGUGUUGCAGCUCUCUGUCAUCCGCAGCAUCCUGUUCUUCGUCACACUGGUCCUGUGGACAGAUGAACAGUAUGACUACGGUGAUGUGAAUUCUGUCAACCCCAACUUGUAUGUGAACGCUAUAAUAGGUAUGUCAACCUUCGUGUCCUUCUACGGCCACUUGCUCUUUUAUAAAGCCACCAAGAGUGCGUUACAUGGCUACGGACUGAGAGCCAAGUUCAUCUGCAUCAUCGUGGUGUUGGUGCUGUGUGGCCUGCAGAGUGGCAUCUUAGAGACCAUGGGUGCUCUGGAGGUUAUCCCCUGCACACCACCCUUCUCUGUGCUGGCCAGGUCACAGUUGAUCUACCACUACUGUGUGAUUGUGGAGAUGUUCUGCAUCGGCCUAUAUGCCCGCCACACUUUCCGUAAGGUGGAGCCAAGCGUGCUGGAGGAUGUGGAGGGCCCCAUCAGUGUUUGGCAGAUGGAAAAGGCUGUUCAAACAGACGAUGUUCAGAUGACACAUCACAAACCUGGCCAGCUCCGCUGCGGCCUCGUCAGUGCCUCCAAUCCCAGCUACAGCAGUGACAGCGAGGACAACCUGUGCAGGAUUGAGCAUGCACCUCUGGAUGGUUUUGCCUUCCCCCAGGCCAGAGGUCAGCAAGUAGCCAGGACAGAACCAGGGGAACCCUGGUCUGCCGAGGACCGUGGUUUACAUCUGAGCCAUAUUACUGUGAGGGCUGAUAUUAACUAUCAGGACUCUAAGGAUGUCACUGUGGUUUGACAAGCUAUGGAAAACUUUUAACAUAAAAAAGUUAAGCGUAACCACUGAAGAUGCUGGCAAUUGUGCACUUUUAGUUGUGACAAGUGGAAACCCUCGGUCACUUUUAGGUCACAGGUUAAACCUCUGGUCUGGUGUUUUUGCCUCUCUGACUCCCAUGGCUGUAGGAAGCAUUUACAAAGCGUGUGGGACAAUGUAAUGCGGUGGGGGGUCAAAGUAAAUGUCAUUUUCUGUAAUCUGGUGCCUUUUAGCAGGGGGUUUUAGCACAUGGUGCGCACAUUUCAAGAAAGGGUUGAAAGCCCACUUGAGUUGCCGUUCAUCGAAACUUUUUCUUCAAACCAAGAGCGCCAUCUAGUGGGCUCAGAAAAUAAAGAAAAUGCUUCAUAAAGCUUCAUUUGGCCACCAACAGUAAUUUCACCCAGAGGAAGUGCUGGCCCAAGAUCACUUAUUUAAAGAUGUUAAAAAGCUAAAAGUCUAAUACAGAAACAUCUUUAAUGUGAACCACUCAUUGUUUAUCUAAACCUGAGGAUCUCUUUAUCCUGCUAUGCUAGGCUUUAUGCUGUGCAGCAGUCUGCUGUCCGUAUACUGGGGUCU